CAACGCCUGAGCUGAAAGGUGAAAGUUGAAACAUAAGAAGGUUUGAUGAGAGACGACCAGCAAAACGACAAAGUUAUUGACGUUUUAAUUGGCGCGUGGAAGCCCACUCCCUUCGUAAAAGUUGAGCUUGUACACCAGUCUCUCCUUCCUCGGCCAGUCCUCUCUCGUCUUCUGGUUCAGUUUGCUUCCAAACUACGAAAAGAAGGAAAAAAAGGAAAAAAGAAAAGCUGCUUUCUCCCUAUUCUCAGUGCUGGAUCCUUUGACUACAUCCAUGGAGGAGUCUCACAGCAACCUCCCUACUAGCCAUUUACUGGGCUCUGUUCCUGCAGUGGUCAUUGAAGAAAAAAGUACCACCACCUAUGAAGUCCCCGAGGCAAAUAUGCAGACAUUCCCUCCAAAUAAUAAUAGAGGAGGAGGUAGCAGCCGUGGUUAUCAAACUCUUGGAAAUCCACCUGAAGGAUUUGAGCAACAAUCACCAAACAAUUGGAAAGGGGUGUUCAGUGUGUCAUCAUACACACAGUAUUUCAAUGUGGAUACAGACAUUGUCAUAAACAGAAUGAUGAGCUCUUUUUAUCCUGUUGGUGGGGAUUUUUUCAGCAAGAUUGAUGCGAACCCUGACCUAUAUGGACAUAUCUGGAUUUCAACUACAUUGGUCUUUGCGCUAGCUUCUCUUGGAAAUUGUGCCACCUACCUCAUGCAGAAACGGACAGACAGCAAUGCUUCUUGGAGCUUUGAUGUUGGAUAUGUAAAUGUAGCAGCAUUUGCAAUCUAUGGAUAUGCUGUUGUUGUUCCAUUGGCAUUUUACUUCUUGCUUCAGUAUCUGGGAACAACUGCUAGCCUCAUACGAUUUUGGUGUAUGUGGGGUUAUUCUCUCUUCAUUUUCAUUCUGAGCUCUUUUCUGCUGGUUAUUCCAGUUGAGAUACUCCGCUGGAUCAUUAUACUAGCUGCUGGGAUUGACUCAGCAUGCUUUGUUGCUGUGAACCUCAAAUCUUGUGUCGAGGGGAGCGAUCUCACAAUGGUGGUGUUUGCGGCCUUCUUUUUGCAACUAGCUCUGGCAAUCUUCAUCAAAGCCUGGUUCUUUCCCUGAGCCUUUACUCUUACCACGUGUAUCUGAAACUUAAUACUAGCCUGAGUAAUUUUUAUGGGCAACGAGAAUCCUCCAUAUUAUGUUAAAACUCCGAAUUGCUCUGCAGUUAGCAAAGAGACGUAUACUGGGAAGGGAAAAAAGAACUGAGUUGUUAUUUUCAUGCGUGAUAAUUAUGAGUUUUUUCUUUUUCUUUUCUUUUCUUUUUUUCCUGCAGCCUUUAUUUGUUACCAGACUAAACCCUUUUCUGUCAGCUUGAAUUUUUCUUAACUUCUUAUAUGGUGUAAUGUAAAUAUACAAAAACAAAAGAACUGGAAUGAUGUUUCAAUUUGUUAAUUUUUUUUAAGAACAAUUUUCUGGUGAUUUGUCUGUGCA